AUGGAAUCUAUCACAUCUGGCUCGGAGAUCAUACAUAUCGAGGGGUUAAAGUACCUAAAAGGAGAGAUUAUUGGCACUGUUGCCCCAACCUCUUCAAUCUGCCGAAAAGACAGUAGUCCUGUGCCAGUAACAGUUAUUGAAUUGACUGAUGUGACUUCGUUCGACCCAGCAAUAAUUCGAGAUAUUUCUAAGACUAGAUUGAAACACUUCUUUUGCAAAGAUGAUGUUUUCCACAACAGUUUUGCCCAACAUUUGCUCCUCAAAACAUCGCCAGAUGCCGAGCACAGCUGGAAGCGUGUCCAAACAGAUCUCGAAACUCUGAAUUUUCAGUCAGAUCUGCCUCGUGAAGGCCCAUAUCUGCUGAUUGGUACAGCCCUACACAGGGUGUUCAAAUUGUACCCAGAUACUUACAAUGCCUUUAUGUACGGCAUUUUGCAAUCAGGUCAUCCUCCAAGCUUCAAAAAGUCACCAGUAGGAGGAUACAUUCCCGUCCCUUCUCGGCUCUAUUAUGAGCAAUGUGCGGAUAGGCCACUUGCUGGAAAGCAUAUUGCUAUCAAGGAUAUCUACGAUAUCCAAGGUCUCGUCACAGGAGCAUCUUCGCAAGCCUACGCGAAGUCGGGAAACCCUGCAGGCACCACAGCUCCCUGUAUUCAGACCCUACUUGAUCUCGGUGCUGUCAUUAUUGGAAAAGUCAAGACUGUUCAGUUUGCUUCGGGAAUGUCAGCGGGAGAUUGGACUGAGACUGUUUGUCCCACCAACCCUAGAGGAGAUCAGUACCUUGACCCGAACUGUAGCAGUUCAGGAAGUGCAGUUAGUGUUGCUGGUUAUGAGUGGCUAGACUACGCUAUUGGAUCAGACAGUGAGGAAGCCACAUCUCCACCAGGCUCGUCUGACUAG